AUGGCGAACAUCCUACGUGUCGCAGCUUGCCACGUAUCGCCCGUAUUCCUGAGCGCAUCUCGAACGACUGACAAAACUAUAUCGCUCAUCAAGCAAGCUGCCUCAAGAAAGGCCAACCUUGUGGUAUUCCCAGAAACCUACAUUGCUGCUUUCCCAGUAUGGAGCUCUGUAAGGGCACCGACGGAGAAUCACUCCUUGUUCCAGCGCAUGGUGAAAGAGUCGAUCUACGCAGACGGAGAUGAGAUGGAAGCAAUUCGUGAAGCGGCGCGGUCUAACGGCAUCUUGGUCAGCAUUGGCUUCAGCGAGAAGUCGCGACAGAGCAACGGUUGCCUAUAUAACUCGAACCUGACUAUCGGAGCGCAAGGUGAGGUACUGGUGCAUCACCGCAAACUGGUCCCGACCUUCUUCGAAAAGCUUACUUGGAGCCCCGGUGACGGCCAUGGUCUACGCAUCGCUGCGACAGAGUUCGGACGCAUUGGCACAUUGAUCUGUGACGAGAACACGAAUGCGCUUGCAAGGUACGCUUUGAUUGCGCAGGCCGAGCAGGUGCAUAUCUCUACCUGGCCGGCGGUAUGGCCGACAAGAACACCACAUAAGGUGAGCCAGCUGGGCGGCGAAGAUCAAUCUUCCACUACUAGUGGAGCAAAUUAUGACAACUUAGCUGCCAACAGAACGCGCGCAGCAGCUCAUUGCUUCGAGGCAAAAUGUUUUGGUGUCGCAUGUUCCGGGCACUUGGGAGAAGAUGCGAUUGAAACCAUCGUCGACGGUGCAAGCCAGCCUGAUGUAGUGGCUGACACUUUGCGCGUUAUGCCACGAGCCGCAACCUUCUUCCUAGAUCCGACGGGCGCACCACUUCGAAGCUUCAUCUACAAGAAUUCAGACAAAGAGUAUGUGGGUGCGUUGCAAGACCAGGAGGACAUACUCUAUGCCGAUAUGAACCUAGAUGACUGCAUCGAGGGUAAACAAUAUCAUGAUGUUGUAGGAGGUUAUCAGCGACUGGACGUGUUUGACCUAAAAGUUGACCGAUCCAGGAAAGAGCUAGUGCGCUUUGUUUAG